ACAGCUCCUGGACGAACAGCGUUUACCGUUGUAGCCCAGCAUCCUCUGAAACAAAACAAAGCUCUCUCUCUCUCUCUCUUUCACACACACAGAUUCAGAAUGUCUCCUCAUCUGUAUGAAUCGAACUCUACAGAGCACGGACAAUUCUCUGCACAAAUGAGCAAAGCCAAAAGGAAAGAAGCCAGUGAAUUAAGAAAGAGUUUGAAACCUCUCAUGGAGAAGCGGAGACGUGCGCGGAUCAAUGACAGCCUGAAUCAGUUAAAGACUUUGAUUCUGCCUCUAAUUGGAAAAGAUAGUCCACGAUAUUCCAAACUGGAAAAGGCUGAUAUUCUGGAAAUGACUGUCAGGUUUCUCCAGGACAUACCGAAGACACCGCUGUACGAUCGCCUGGACAGCUACAGGGAGGGAUACCGUGCCUGCCUCCUACAGCUGGGCAACCUGCUCCCCAGUUCAAAACUCAUGGGAACGGAAGCUUGCGAUCGCCUGACAGACUACCUAGAGAGGUGCAUGCCUUUAGUCUCCUGCUAUCCUUAUUCUCACAACGCCAGGAGCCCCGCAGGGACAGACGUUUCACGAGCGAGGCCACGGACUUUAAUUCAAUCGAACCCAACUGGGAGCUCAGCGCUUCACCGUCCUGCACCGCCCGGUUACAGCCCCAGUCCCAACCAUCAAGUCAUCCUACCUGACCAAGAGACCUCUAUCUGGAGACCCUGGACGUGAAUACAUGAAUUAAAAGAAAGAGACUUAAAUACCUUGUACAGUGUUGAAUUGUAAAGAAAAUGUGUACGUAUGGAAUUGCGUUGCAUUUUGUUGUUUCCAAAGCAUUUACAGGUUUUGUUUAAAUGAACAGUUUCUAUACAAAACAGAAACUUUCUUUUACGUCGAGCCGAUUAAACAACGACUCACAAUGGGGCACUUUGUAAUGUUAGCAUGUCUAUCUUUUUUGUAAUACAGGGGAAUAUAUUUUAAAUAUGAAAAUU